UGCGUGUGUUAGUGGCCCUGAAACCGAUCAAGCAGGAAAGCCCGGACGGUAUUGCCAACAUCGCGCCAUUCGACCUUCGAUCAUCACUUCUCCUGUCAAUUAUCCCGCUGGUCUGGAUCGCGUCGUUGAGGCGACUCUGAUGAUGUCGAUAUCGCAAGAGAUUCUUACUAAAUUCGAUUGACCACGUCCACCAAAAGUCGUCCCGAAAAGAAUAUAUCAAACGAAACACGGCCGUCGAUUCUUGAGCCCGUGUACCUACUACAUGCGAGGACCAUAGCUCCGCUGGUCACACGGGAGUAGCAAUCCUCGCGUCCCGCGUCUUCGAAGAUGGCGGCCGUAAACGUCAAUCGCGUCAACGCACCACAGGCAUUCGUGUCGAGUUUCGCUCCACGCAUUCGUCAAUAUGGCAAUUCCCUCCUCACACCCGUAAUUCCUCAGAGUGUUGUACCGAAUGUCAGGACGACGAAACGAGGCACGACCGCGAUCAAUUAUGCGGAAGAAUUCGAUGAAGACAGCAUCGAAGACUCCGAUAACCCUCGGCGAGCGACUGGCCUACGGACCGCUCAGCAACGACGCGAUGUAGACCCGGCGGUAGAGAAGGCGAAAGAGUUAGGCAAGGAGGCUACUGCGCCCGUCGAGGUGCAGGGAAUAUGGCGUGACUGGAUGGGCAAACCGAAGCGGACCAUGACAGAGCGACAACUAUACCUUCAGGCCGUUCUGCCGACCACAUUGGUCCCGAUUCGCAUCGACCUGGACGUGGCACCGUUCCGUCCUGAUGCUGCGUUACCUACUCCGGCCAAUGCAAAAGAUUUCGGGAUCGAUGAGAACCUUCCGGCGUAUAAAGCGCCCGAUGUCACACCAUCAUAUAGGCUGAAAGACAGCUUCCUAUGGAACUUGCAUGAAGGCCUGAUCACUCCAGACAUGUUCGCUAAGGUUUUCGUUGACGAACUGGACUUCCCAGUCAUGCGAAAACAGACCAUGAUUGCCGAGAUCGCUCAGCAGAUCCGGCAACAGCUAGAAGAGCACGCGGCCGCGGCCCUACACCCACUGUUUCAGCCUCAAACCAAAGAGCCCACUGCACAGACAGCUGCAGCGCCGACUCCAUCACUACGGCAUGCCAUCUCCCGUGAAGAUUCAUCGACGCCCAUGCAAGCGGAUACGCCGAGAUCGCCUCAUCCAAACAAUAUUUCGCUCGUCAACGGCCAUCACUCCGUAUCCGGCGCGCAAACUCCGCUUGCUAAUGGCACCUCAACACCUGCAAUCACCGUCACUGCCCAGCGUUCUCAACCAGAGGAAACUACAUCCUCCGUAUUGAAUCCUCCAGACACGCAUCGUUGUGUGCUCAACCUCUCGAUAAAUCUUCAAAAUCGACUAUACACCGACAAAUUUGAAUGGUCGCUGCAGCACCCCGUCGGGUUUGCAGAAAUCUUCGCGAAGCGGACGUGUGCCGACAUUGGACUUCCCGGCGAAUGGGUGCCACAAAUGGCACACGCGAUUUAUGAGUCCAGUCUGCGACUGAAAAAGGACAUGAUUGAUAACAAUUCAACACUUGCGGGAGUGGUGGGUAGCGGCGUUGAUGGCUGGGGUGUGGUCGACAAUGAAGCUUGCGAAUACCACGGGACUGCAGAGAGUGCGCUCGGUGUCGGCGCAGGCUGGCGAUUUGAUGAGGACGGACUUGGAUAUGAGUGGGAACCUCGGAUUGAGGUUCUCAACAAAGAAGAAAUCGAGAAACGGGAGGGCGAUCGUGAAAGACAGAUCAGGAGGCAGAGGAGAGAAACGGCGAGGUUCACGACAAAUUACGCGGCGCAGGCAGGCGGGAUCGGCAGCAACGACUUCUUCGCGGGAGGCUUGGGAGCUUCACAAGGACCAAAUGGAAUCGGGGGCGGAGAAGAUGAGCGCAUGGGUCGUGGUGAGAGGUCGAAGAAAAAGCGACGCUUCAGGAGCCUUUCACCUGUCGGGCGCGAAACGCCCGAAGCUGCUGGUUUUGGUGGGACUUCGGCACAGCUCACUGAGGGCGAGAGACAGUACUGGACUUGCUCACACUGUAACAUCUGGGGACAGGCCGUGUGGGGAGUCAGGGAUGGGCCGAAAGGUCCAAGGACUCUCUGCCACAACUGUGGCUUGCUGUACGAACGUGACAAACGCCUCCCGCCGUGGAGUCAUCGGCUCUUCGCUCUCGAGAAAAAUCAAGCUACUCGCGAAGCCCAACUUCCUCCUUCCUGGCCGACUCAACAACCUCCAGCGCGUCCACUUCAAACGGAUCUCGCCGCUUUCACAGCUUCGCAAGCUACUCCUGCUGCAGCUCUUUCGACAUCAACGCCAGGCCGCCUCCCACCGUUCCGCGUCAACAGCGCGAACUCCGCCACGCCAAGCCACCUCCACCAUUCCUCUUCCACUCCCCACCACCACUCGCACACACAGCACCACCCGCACGCGCAUCCGCACGCCGACGAACCCAUCAACCCCUCUUCCCACCUCUACACCGGCGCCUCUGCCAAUGCGAGUGGUGGACAAGGCCAAAUAUCCGCCUCGACCCUCGCCGAUAUUGUCAACUACGCAGAGCCUGGCGAGGACCUCGACUGGACGCGCAUCACCGAACCGCGCGAGCGCAAGCGCCUCCAGAAUAUCAUCAACGGUCGCAAAUACCGCGAGCGCCGCCUUGCUGCGGAAGGCCUCGGCGGCUCCGGUGGCAAUUAUCCCGGUGCGGCUGGCCAGGGUAGUUUCCUGAGCAUGGGCUAUGGCGCUCGUCAGAGCCUGUCCGCCCCUACGAAUACAAAUACCGGAACUCCUGCUCCGACCACCGCCCCGAUGGGCCAGCAAGCUUCAGCAUCAUCGCCAGCGCCGCAGAAUAACAAUGCGGCCGUGAGCGCACCGGGCGGGCUCCCGAUGGUGCAGGGAACAAACACGCCGAGGUCGUAGAUUGACCUCACGACAAGAUUCCGUCUGUGUCAUCGUUCAUAACCUUUUCUUGUGCUGGAUGCUUUUUUAGAGAGCGAGGUGGAGUAGGUGUUGUUGCACCCCGAAACUAGCGUUCGACUUUCUGUCUUGAUCUUGAAUCUCAUAAUUAGAAAGAGGGUAGCACUCGGCUGAUUGCCGUUGCCCAACUUUUUGUUCUUUUGCUGAACACGUUGUAUCAUAUAGUCAAUAGAUGUCUGCGUGUGUUGUCGUUCCAAGGAGACAAAUGGUACCCAAAAAUACUGUCGA